AUGCCGUGGUUGUCUUUCAUCAGAAUUGGUGAUAAUAAUAAACUUUCUAAAUCGUACCUAACUGACUGUGUAAUUGGAGGAACAGAAAAGGUACAUCCCAUGUUUUUCCAUCGUGACUCUGAGGGAUCAAAACGCAAAAGAUCAAAUGUUGUAGAGGGCCUGAUAGAGAUAGGUUGGACUUUGCCUAAUGGAUCUGAUGAUAAAUUCAAUGGACCACGUCUCAUUUUAAAUCUUCGUAGCGCCUUUUCUUGGACAAAUAUCAGCCGUAACCGUUUAUCUGAUACAACUAAUAUUAAUUUAAUGGGCGAGAAUGCAACAUAUUUGCGCGAAAACCUGCCUAUUGUAGUUUAUGCCUUUCUAAGAAUGAAACUCGUUGGUUUGCAUCCAAGAUGUACAAUUGUUCAUCAUAAUGUUGAUAAACGAAACAAGGACAAAUUACUAGAACAAGGACGAGUACUAGAGGAAGUGUUAAAUGACCUCACGGAGAGAGCUUGCAAAAUGGAAAAUGUUCCAAGUAGAUCGUUCAGAGAUAUGAUAGAAUUUACAAUAGAUGAGAACACGGAUUAUGUUCCUGGACUUCUUGAUGGAGAACUUCCUAUGACACUGGUGAGCACUGGUUACAGUGGCGAGCUCGGAAUGGAUACCGAAGUAGAAAGUGUUGAUCUUGAAGGAAUCCUGAAAGAACUUAACUUGUCAAAAUAUUACAGUGGGAAAUUGCAAAGAGACGAUAUAUUUUCUGUAAUAAAUAACGGCAGCAACCAUUCACAAAACGUGCAUCUUGCGCAGUAUAUCAAUGGCAUUGUACAUUUCAAUGAAAACUAUUUAGACAUCAACGAGGAGAGCGAUGACUUUCUAUCUCAGUUAGACUCAUUUUCUGAAGAGCUCUGUGUGCCAAAUCAUUUAGUUGGUUACAAGGGCAUGAGUCAUUCAGAUUUAAGGGAAGAUUUGAAUACAUCUAUCGAAUCAGUGAAAGGUAGACAUAACUUUGAUGACAUUAAAACAAAAGCGGCUGACCAUCAUUUCCGUAUUGACUUGAAUAAAAUCGAUGACGCUUUAAAAAGAUCAGAAAUACUAUCGAAUUUAGUAUUUCAAAUGUUCAAAGAACAAACUUUGGACAGUGUAUUUCCAAUACAGGGUCACCUUUGUUCUGAAUGGUGCAGAAUGGAAUUGGAGAAGUAUAAACUAAGACUGAGGGGAAAUGCUGAGAAUGUAAGCAAGUACAGAAAACGAUUAGAAAUCAAACAAAAUGAAAUACGUUCACAACAAUUGCAGCUAAUAACUGACGAAAAGUGCAAUAUUCUUCAUUUAUUUGUAAACAACAUGUCUCUCAGUAAAGAUAUUGAAGACGUUGAAGUAUUUCUUCGUAAUCUCAAAAUCAGUAUUGAGAUGGCUACACGCUCAACUCUGCUAAAAGGCUAUGAAGAGUACAGAAACCUAUUCCAAAAGCUACGCAUGAUGCCAGCUCAGACCAACGAUAUACACAAAGAGUUCAGACGUUUGGAUGAAAAGCUGGAAAACCAAUCACUUACUUUUCUUGAUUUUUCCCGUGAAAUGGGCCACAUGUAUGAAAUACUGAGUGAUGAAAAUAUGAAUCAUGAAUAUCGAAAAAAUCUGUUAGAUACCGCAGUGAACAUUUUAAGUUGCGGUUACGAAAUAGAGAUCAUGGAUGGGCGUUCAAAUUGGGUACCGAUUAUAUGGGUCAAAAGUAUUUUAUUGGAAGUGCGAAAAAGGCUAGGGAAUGUUAGAAUCAAAGUUAUAACAGUUUUAGGAGUACAAAGUAGUGGGAAAUCGACUCUUUUAAACAUAAUGUUCGGUUCUCAAUUUGCUGUUGGCUCCGGUCGAUGUACCCGUGGUAUGUAUAUGAAUAUAGUGAAGGUAUCAGAUAAAGUAUCCCGAGAAUUUAUGGUUGACUACUUUUUAGUUAUAGAUACUGAAGGGUUAUAUUCUUCUAUUACCAAGGUUGAUGAAACAAAUGAAAGGGAUAAAACUGAAAGGGAACUUGCCACAUUUGCUAUCGGCAUGUCACAUGUAACAAUUAUAAAUAUUAUGGGAGAGGAUAUGACUUAUUUACAUGACAUACUGCUGAUAACUGUUCAUGCAUUUUUAAGAAUGGACUUGGUUGGACUACGGCCUAAGUGUAUGUUCCUGCACCACACUGUUGAGAAAAGUUCGAACGAUAAGUUGCUUCAAAAUACAUUUGGCCUUGAACGUAUAUUAGAUGAACACACAGCAACAGCAUGUACACUAGAAAACACCCCUAAAAAGAGAUUUAGAGAUAUAAUUCAUUUUGAUUCUAUUGAAGACGUUUACUGUUUCUCACCUCUGUUUGAAAGUGUUGAUGACCUAAAAAUUGUAAGUUCUUUAUACAGCAAGGAUGCAGCAUAUUUGAAAGAAAAACUGAUUUUAGAUACCGAAUCAGUCGGGACAUUAGAAGAGCUUGCCAAUCAUGUCGAUUUGCUCUGGAAUGCUGUAAAAAAGGAUGACUUUGUUUUUGAGUUUAGAGACACCGUUGAAACUCAAGCCAGAGUCGCACUUGAUAAACGGAUUUGCCAUUUGCAGUGA